CGCCAUUUUCGGAUCAAGUUCUCUCUCUGUCACGUCGGCCUCGACGGAUUGAACAUUGAAAACUGCUUUUCCCUGGGAUCUGUCCGCCUCGUGGUCGCCAUUUCAGUCGCUCUUGUGUGACAUCUACCGGGUUUCGCCCGCUAUCGCUGCUGCGCUGCUUAUCCCUUCUCUCCGGCUUCAGCCGCCGACAAAACUCCCCCUUUGCGCUUCCCUGUCCAUCUCCAUCGCCGAUCUGAGUUGAUCCAGCGUGCUCCCUGGCAUCAGUUCCAAGCAAAGUUCGACUCCUCUGAGUUGGACGCCCAUCCCCAAGCCCUCUACCAUGUCAGGCUACAACGGGCGCCGGGCCCCCAACUUCUCUCAGUACUUGAAUGACCUGAACACUGUUCCCUCUCCCUACGAUCAGACAUUGCAGCAGGACCAAGGCCUCUUCGACGUCGACGCAGAAUUGGCUCUUUUCACGAAUGCAGAGUUCUUUGACUUUGACUCCAGAGGAGAUAUGUCAAGUCACGUACCCGUCUCCCUUGGCGAGGACCUCGCACAGUCAGAGCCGACCUCGAGUCAGGACGUAAAGUACCUGGAUAUGUUGAAUGACUUCAACCUCCCAAACUAUCAGUAUUAUCCAACCGCAAUGGGCCCCGCUCAGGCUCCCGCCUAUUCUGCCCCUCCACAGCAACCACCAAGUCACACAGAUGCCGCUUCAAGCGCGCCUCCUCAGCCCGUUGCCAGUCAGCCUACCCCGCAAGAGACCCAGCCCAGACCUCAACACACCACAACCACCCCCACCACUGUAGGAACCAAGCGGAAGCAGGACGCGUCCACCCUUGAUGAAGCCGCCCGUUUAGCCCAAGAAGAAGAUAAAAGACGCCGCAACACUGCAGCUAGCGCUCGAUUCCGUAUCAAGAAGAAGGAACGCGAGAAGAACCUCGAGCGCACUGUCAAAGACGUCACAGCCAAGAACGCCGCUUUGGAAGCUCGCGUUAGUCAACUCGAACUGGAGAACCGGUGGCUUAAGAACCUAAUUACCGAGAAGAAUGGAUCGAUGCUUUCUGACGGCGACAUUUCGGGCAUGUUUACCAAAUUUCGAGAUAGCAAAGAAGGACAGGCUGCCACCCAACAGCAGCAAGUGAAAACAGAAACCGAUGAGACGGAAUCGAGGGCUUCGUGAAUGGCUUGUGCCUCUUCCCUAUAUCACUUUGACGUUACAUCUACGAAUCGACGAGUAAUGCGGGCUUAAUUCAUCCUCACAACGAUCGCCACUCCCAUGCAAAAUCUGUGUCCUUAUCUUCCCCUAGCAUGUGAUACUAGGGUUGGAUAUUCUUUAGAGCCAUCAACCGGUUCUUAGGAAUUGGCUAUUAUUAGCUUUGGCAGGAUUUAGGGAAGGUGGGCAUUUCGAUCUGGACAUUUCGCUUUUGUAUUUCAUCCAUUACCCUCCCUUUAGCAGCUCCUCCCCAUCUCGUAUGUACAUAAAUCCCACCGUAUCCGUACGUGUGAGGAGGGGAGAACAGCACCAAAAUAAUUGCCAUAUGUAUUGUGGUUGGUUCUUUGCUUCUGGUUUGUUGCCCAGCAAUUUCACUUUUAAUGUGUGAAUAUUCGGUGUCCUUGAUUGGUGCUUGCUUGAUCUGCUUGAUUCUACCCCUUUUGUUUGCUUGCUUUUUAUGUUAGAAUAAAACCUUGUGUAUCGGUGGGUGGUUAAGAACAGGAGCUAAAAGGGGAAAUGGCUUGAGAUUUUAUACAUCACGCCGCUUCGAAAUCAGCUAGAGAUUUAUCGACAGAUGAAAAACAAAUGAUCAAAAUGUUUCCAAGACUAUGUGGCUUGAUUUAAAUCAUUGCAUUUGCAUUUGUUCUUAUAUAGUUAACUGGUCGUCUUCCUGCUCUAAGGACCGUUCUAU